UCUAGGCAAGGCGAGAGCUGAGAGGCACAUCCCGAGACUUCUGGUCACCAUGAAGGCUCUCGCGGCUGCAGUUCUGUGCCUGUGCACCCUGGCAGCGUUCUCUGACUGUGUCACAGUCCAGGUGGGAAAGUUCUCAUUCCCCCUGGAGUCUGUGAAGAAGCUGAAAGACUUCAUGGACAAUUCUCAUCCACUCAAUGUCAGAUCCGCCCCUCUGUGUGCCAACUCUGACAUUCCCAAGGAGUUCCUGGACCUCUGUGCCACACCAGACGCUGACCAGAUAUUAGAUGAGCUAAAACCCAUCGCGAGAUCCCCCGAGCUUUGUGAGAUUUGUGCUUUUGCUGCAUGUGCCGGCUGUUGAAGAGAGAGUCUUCCUCAGCCUCCAGCCCUAGGAGGCAUUACGGCAGCACUGCUCCAGCUCCAACCUCUGCUUUCUGCUGACCUGAGAAGACAAGAUAGUGAUACUAUGACUCCCUCCAUCGUCUCGACACCUCUCCCUCAUGCCAGCUUCAGUACUGCCAGCACUGAACAUUGAAAAUCAUCAGCCAGAC